CUCAUUCACCCACCGGCCAGCGCUCCUUCCGCCGCCGCUGCCCUCGCCCACUGUCUAUCACAUUCACCCUCUCGUCGCCUCGCUCCGUCAUGAGUCAGCGAGACCAUGAGCUAAUGGAGUCUGUUCACGCAGACGACCAAGCCAUCACCGUGCCUGCGUCCCCGCUGCGCCGCGAUUCUAUGGAAGACGCUGAUUCCUCUCUGACACGCAAACGACCACGACUAGACAGCGGCAGCCGAGAGACUCGCAGUAUGUCGACCGACACAGCUCCCGCGACCACCAGCGUCGCCCAGCCCGUCGACCAGCCCGUCGAGAUGACGAUUCGCUCGCAGCCACCCUCCUCUCAGUCUGUCAACAGUACCAGCGAUGCCAAUGGCGCAUCGCUAGCUACACUGUCUGUUCCCUCGGAAUCAGUGCCCCUCGAAGAGUCCGCCGAGGACCCCGUCGUCGCCAUAGACGACGUAGUGGCCGACAGCCCACCAGUCGUCGCCGUGGACGACGACGAGGAUGCUGAAGAGGCCAUGGAUGAUUAUACGGGCUCGAUCUCUAGCUUUGUACACAUUGAAGUAGACGAGGAGGCCUACUUCCGCCGUUUCCCUUUCACUCACUCACAUCAUGGUAACUAUCAGGCUGCUUUGCGAGCCAUCACCGCCCAUUUCCAAGGGGCAAACCCUCUCGAGGGAACCGUGCUUCCCCAAGUCCAGCUCUGGCUCGAAGGGUUUCCGAAUACCCCGUCGCACUGGAAGGGCUACUACGUCGAGAAGGCCUUCUUUUGGGACGAAUUUGCUGCAUUAGCGAACAAGGUCUUGGUGAGGCGGUUCCCUUUUGGUGAUGCCUUCACCGACGAUCAACAGUCAGAGGAAGACAUCUUCUAUGGUUUCCUCUCAAGCUACUUGAAACUCUGCGCCCGCCUCAUUCAAGUCGACACGGCGAUGAUCUCGAAAUUUCCACCCGGCAUUUACGAGCCAGUUCUCUGCUACAAGCACCUACGGCACCUCAACACCAUUGUUCGAGAAGAGAAAUCCGCCAUAUUCCAGGUGCUAGCCAAAGAAUACGGCGUAGAUACUCGCACCAUGGCAGCGCGGCUGUUACAGGACUUUAUUGAGGCCCCAACCAACGGACUGCAACACCUGUUCGCCUUCGCAGAUGUCGGGUGCGACAAGCUUACAGCGCCUCUCCGAAACGGUAUUGCCUCUUGGACAUCCCAGAUCCUUAACUCCUUUGGCUGGGCCAUAUUCGGCAAACCGGAGAUAGACCCAAUCUUUGACCGCUCGCAAUUCCAUCGCAACGUCCUUCGCUUCUUUCGCAAGUACAAUGAAGAUAUCCAGGUUCCGAGCAAAAUCGUCGAAAUCAGUUCUGCCAAGGAAAUCGUUCUAAACCUUGCGAACAUACUUCUUGACCUAUGUCUCUGGGAUCAGCAGCUUGCUGCCGAACUAGCCGAAGAAUUCAUGGAUUACGUGGAACCUGGUUCACCAACAAUCGCUAGUGAAGACCUAGACACUAAAACCCGCGGUGAAUCUCUCCGGCAAGAUCCCCCGCUUUUCCCAGCCCUAGCGAUGAAUGCAUGGAAAUUCAAGCUUCUUAGGAAGUAUGUCGUUAAAGGGAAGAUGGAGCUACGCGUGAUGAGCAUUCAAACCAUGAGCGACGCACUCGUUGAAAUUUGGCGGGAGUACAAUGCUUCCGAGUAUGGGGCAAGUAAUCCGGUUAUGCAGUAUCUUUCAGAUUUCCUCCUUCACGAAGAAGUCGUCGACUACAUAAUCAGUGUGGAUUCACAUCCGCAGCUGAUUUCUCGAAGUGGUAACAUUGUUGGCUUCCUCGUGGUCACUCAUCGCUAUUCAGAAAGUCAAACGGAUGCCAUAUGGAGGACCGUGUCCAACAGUCAAGAUCCCCGUGUUGUUUCGGCAGUCAUGACUAUGCUUCGGAACAUCGUCGGUCUCAUGGAGCCCCCGGAGCUGCUCUAUCUUUGCUCCAAGCUUUACGACCUUCCGAUUGAGACGUACACACUUGAAAUCUUACGGUUCCUUCGGGAAAUCAGUGGGAAAUUUCAACAGAAGUAUAUGGACUGGAGCGGUACAGACCCUCGCGGGCGGCCAUCUAACGUGUGCAUCCGAGUUAUGCAAGAUACUUCCCCCAGCAGUGCUUCGACGAAGCUUACAAACGCACUGCAUAGCGAGGCUUACGAGCAGUUACGUCAGCUUUCGCCUACCGUGGGUCUCGGAGAACGCCGUCAGAUUUACCAAGAAUGUACUUCACACAUAGCCAACCGAUCAGGAAAGGCAACGGGAAGCGUUCGCGCGAUCUGUACCUUAUUCUCCGGUGCUGGUCUUAAUGAUGCGAGCUUCUUCAAACAGAACCCAGAGAUUACUCGCAAAAUUCUUGAAGAGCUGUGUUCGUUUGUCGAGGCAGAGAAACAGCUUGGGGCUCAUGCAAUGCAGAUUGUCGCCUUGGAAUACCGGCUCGAUAUGCUUUGCGCUCUUCUCACUCGAGCAGCUGAUGCUAUCCCUGAAGAUUUGUAUCAGGUUGUUUGGGACCAUGUUGUUGGCAAACAUGCACUGUCUAACCAUCACCGUGACAUUGCCUGGUCAAAAUUUUCUGACGCUGUUCGGUACACCCGAGGCCACGAGUUUUGGAGACAACUCACCCACAUUUAUAUCCCGAGGUUAGAGCCGACCUAUUUCACGUCGGGUCUUUUUGAGUUUGUCUCGACGAUUAGCUUCCCAGUCACUAGGGAGAAGGUUAUCACAGAGGAAGGCGAGACAGAACUGAUUCAAAUCCCAGGCGCAGACAUAUUAUGGCCUAUGGUAUUGAGCGCUCCUCCAGGAACGAUUGAAGAUCGUUCAGCCAAAUUGCUUGCCAACCGUUAUGUCGAUAUUGCAUCAUAUCAGGGUGUGAGGUUAGAAGAGGUUGAAGAGGCUCAGGUUGGGCUUGUCGAGCAAUGCACGAAGGAGCUCUUGACUGCGUAUAAGAUAAUGAGGAAUCUCAGCACGCAAGCAUUGACCGAGGACACUGGGUACAGCAUGGACAUCGUUCCUUCUGGUGAAGACCCUCGCCAAAACGAACUCCGCUUCACGAGGACUCUGAUGCUUGAAAAGCUUUUACUCACGUACAUACGGACUAAGCCCGAGUUCAGUCGUUCUCGAAGAUCAGACUCAAAAGUUGAUGUUUUGGAACCUGAACUGCCCUUUGGGGAUGCCAUCGAGAUCAAGUACCAGGCGACAAAUGAAAAGCAAACCAUCUUCAUGAGUACUGAAAACACGCUUCAGGAUCUCUACACCCGUCUUUGUCAUACGACAGGAUUCACAAAGCUCCACCUCUUCGCCAGCGGGCAGAGGCUCAAUCUGACGGAGAAAGCUCACAAGAAAAUCGUCGACCUUGGCCUUGGGGAGAACAUUUUCCUACUAGUCCAAAAGGCUGCGAACAGUGAGACGAUACAACCGGUCGCCGACAGCAGUGCAAACUGCUCAGUCUUUGAAGCAACCGUCUUGAAACAUUUCGAAGAGCUCUUCGCUUGCAUGGAUGCAGAUGACUAUAUUAGUGAAACGCUUUUUGAUUUCUUGAGCUGCUUUCCAUUCCGCGAGCGAAUUGCUGAAGCAGUGAUAUCAGGCACGGCCUCCGCUAACGACAUCUUUCCUCCUGGCAAGGUGUUCCAGGCCAAAUAUGCCGCUUUCGCUCUCCAAUUUAAGCUACGGGAGCAACUUCGAAGAAGUUCUCUCAACGAGUCCUUCCUGGCAAAUGCGAUUCAUCUUUUGAGUGAAGCUCUCCUCAAUCACUCAUUGAUCAGCGAGUCGCUUGGUGGUCGUCAGGAACUCCAUCUGGCGGCAGUGCUCGUUAAUGUGCUACUAGAAUUCCUUAAAGAACGCCCACGCCAAGAGAUAUCAUCUCACUACUUCUCCAACGCAUCGUCGCUCGUCAAUCGCCUUUUGAAGAUUCUGUCAUUUUCUAUCCAGGCUCCUGUUGAUGCUUCCUUGGUCGUGUCUCAGUCUUACGCCGCGAUUCUCGAAGCUUCGCUUCAUUCCAGGGAAGUGUGGGAGGCCUUUGUCGGCAAAGAGGGAAUACCUGCCUUGCACCGGUCACUUCUUCUCAUGGAUCCGAGGAAAUCGCUUCGAGAACACAUCGUGCAAUCAAUUGCAUCUGUUUGCGGCGGAGAUCUCCCUUCGACUUCACCACUAACUGGGGCGGAAGCUGCCGAACGCUACUGGAAGAUUAUUUCAAAUAUUCUACCCGAAGCUGUCCAGCAUUCCAGUCAAUCAGAACAGCUUUUCGACAUUGCUGAACAAGUCUUCCGGAGUCAUGAUGAAAAUAGCCGAGACGAAGAUGCUCUCCGGUCCUCACUAAACUCUUGGAGUAGCCUGCUGUUGAAUUAUAAGCACGAGGAGUUUGUCGGGCGUGAUGAGAUCGACUUCGUCGUCUUUGGUUUCACGAAACUUCUCCUCUGCUGCAUUCCAUCGUUGAAGUCGUUCAAGAAACCCUUGAAUGCUGGCGCACUCAUGGAGAGUAUCUUCCGAAAAUUCCUUUUCGUCCCAAAAGUGAUAGAGAUAGAGGAAGGUGCUUCUGAGCAAAUUGGACUUCCCGUUCUAGAGAGUAAGACUAGAAAGGAGUUGUAUGAUCUCAUGCUCGCCUUAGCAGAAGAUCGUAACAGCUAUGGUAUGCUUCUUCAGCUGGCUCAGAGUUUGGCCAACGACGAAGAGACCAUGUCUUUGCGCGCCUACUCCAUUGAACGGUCUAACGAGAUCCGGUCUGCCACUGGUUAUGUGGGCUUGGUUAAUCCACGCGCCAUCUGUUACAUGAACUCUCUUCUUACACAACUUUUCAUGAACGUCAACUUCCGAAAGUUCAUGCUCGGUCUCAAUGUUGCAGACGCUGGUGCAUCUCAACGUCUUCUGUCAGAGACGCAGAAGCUCUUCUCUAUCAUGCAGAACACCUUCCGGAAGGCAGCCGAUCCUCGGGAGUUCGCCUCCUGUGUGAAAGGUCUUGACAGCGCCCCAAUUGAUAUCAACAUUCAAAUGGAUGCUGACGAGUUUUACAACCUACUCUUCGAUCAGUGGGAAGGGCAAAUGCUCUCACCGGAGACUAAACAACGCUUUCGGUCAUUCUAUGGCGGCCAGACCGUCAAUCAAAUCAAAUCGAAAGAGUGCGAACACGUCUCUGAGAGGGUUGAAAGUUUCUUUGUCGUCCAGUGUGACGUCCAAGGAAAAGCCAAUCUUCAAGAGAGUCUUCAGGCAUUUGUUGAAGGGGAUGUCAUGGAAGGAGACAAUAAGUAUAAGUGCGAAUCAUGUGGCGGUAAGCUUGUAGAUGCUGUGAAGCGGACGUGCCUGAAGGAUGUGCCUGAUAAUCUGAUCUUCCAUCUUAAGCGUUUCGACUUUGACUUGGUGGAUAUGAGGAGGGCAAAAAUCAACGACCACUUCGAAUUUCCGAACUCUAUUGAUGUCAGCCCUUACAAUGUCGACCAUCUCAGCGAUCCUUCCAAACCUCGACGAGAAGAUAUCUUUGAGCUUGUUGGCGUCCUGGUUCACCAAGGUACUUCGGAGAAUGGCCACUAUUAUUCUUACAUCCGGGAACGACCUUGCCCUUCCGGCAGCCCGACCUCAUGGGUCGAAUUUAACGAUCGCGAUGUGGACACUUUCGACCACCAGUCCAUCCCAUACCACACCUUUGGAGGUUUCUACGACGAACAAUUCCCUAAACAACAGAAACAGUUUAGCGCCUAUAUGCUCUUCUACCAGCGCAAAUCGGCCAUCGAAAAGGACCAUUAUGAAUAUAUCAGCUCUCCGCGCUGUGGGCCACCGAAAGUCCCAGUUCCGCCUACUCUUGGAGAAGAUAUUUGUGCAGACAACGAAGUAUUCGUUCAGGAUUACUGUCUCUACGACCCAAACCACUCGAAGUUCAUCCGCCAAAUCUUAACUACCUUGCGAACCGUCAACUAUGGCACCUGCUCGGCUGAUCAUGAACAGGAGACCCAGGCUCUCCAUGUCGUGCUCGAACACCUCUGUCAAGUCAUCAGUCGUCUGAGGAACAUCGAGAACUUCGAUGAAACGAUAAUACAACUUCGAAAGACAGUUCUAUCCUGUUCUACAUGCUGCUCUAUCGCGUUAAAAUGGUUCGCCGAACACGAGUACGCACUUGUCGGUCUGCUCUUGCGUUGCUUGCACAUGAAGGUUCGCUCCCAAAUACGAGCUUUCUUAAUCGACAGUCUCCGGUUCCUUCGCGAAAAGGAUCCGACCGCGUACGGAGUCGAAAACCUUGAUACGGACAUGGAAACCGGCACUGUCGCUCCGUUCGAGGGCAUUCUUGUAGACAUUACCCGACGACUCCGACUGGUCGCUAGCGAAACCUGGAUCAGUGCGAGGGGGUGGGACGACUUCUAUUUGACUUUAUGUCAAUUGAGCAAUCUGGGUCACUUUGAAACGGCAGUAAUGCUGAACCAGCAGAUCCUGUACUUCUGCCUGCGCAUUCUUUGCAUGCAUGCCUAUGCCCAAUUCCGCAUGGAAGACUCCGAUAUCUGGCGCAUGGUUGAGAAAAAGAAGCACAUAUACAACAGGUUGAUUGAGUUGGUGUACACUUUGUGCUCUAAGAUGGACCUACGGCUUAGGCCUGUCCCCCAAAGCGCUGACCGAAUGGAGCACUUCGAUCGGAAUAUCUCAAAGUUCCCCUUGAGUUCCACAGAAUACGGAGUCUUGACCUAUUGGCACGACGAAAACAGAGCUAUUGCAGUUCUUGACAAGAUGAUCGAACAAUUUGACUGCUCCAAGACAGAAGUCUUUUACCCUGGAGAAAUGAUUAAGUGGAUGCUCAACUCCCAGGAGCCGCGCAACCAAAGGAAUCUUUUCAUCACAAUAGCAGAUGGUGUUCAGGCACUCACAGCACCUUUCUCGGAUCCAUACGUGCGAGCCGCGGUCUCUUAUUGCGAAGCGUGUCCCACCAUGGAAGACGCUCAGAAAAUCAUUGACGCUGUUGUCAAGUCGGCUUCUGAACUAAGAGAUCAAGGCGGAGAAUCCCAUCUUCUCUUCUUCAAUGCUUUGCCUACGCUUCAUAACGAAGCUGUCUUUGAUGACAGCAAUUCAGACUUUUUUUACGACUAUGCCCUCUACAAGGCUCGGACGUACAGCUUGUCGUUGCUUAUGUACGAUGAUGAAGCCAUUCGCAAAGCCACUGCAAAAUUCCUUGAAGAGCUCUUUGUGAACGCCAGGUCCGACGAAGACCUCAGCCCGGACUCCCUUAGACAGAAAUAUGAAUCCCUUAGACGCCUGAUUCGGGAAAUGUUACGCAAAAUGGCCACGGAGCAUGACAAUGGUACCUCGCGAAAUUACAUGCAACCAUUGAUUCACGCAUGCUCGACGCUGGUGCAUGUACUUGUUGACUUGGUGAAUAACCAAGACGUCUCGAUGGAGCAGUACAAAUCAGCUAAUGACACGGGUCUGAUACAACAUUGGCAGAUAGAACUUGACUCCCGGUUGCGGCUCUGGGUUCAGGAUGAGGGCACACCGAUAUCGACAGGGGAAGCCUACGAACAAUCAGAUUACGGUAGUGAGUCUGAUGAUGGCCCCGACCUCGAACCUUGAGUUGAGGUUUUCGUUAACCAUGGGUUGUAUUUACAGAGACCCCUAAAAUCCUUUCUUCGGCUUUCAAAUAAUUCGCCAUUGGGCACAUUACGGGGCUCCCCUCCAGAUAUUUUCUUGGCAGUCUGCGUUAUGGCGUUGGCUUUUUCCAGCAGCUGGAAUCUAGACAUUUUGUGGGUUUGCCCCUCUUUGGUGCCGUACAAGGCUUGGGCGUGGGUUUGAACGUGUGUGGUGGGCGGGCGGGCGAUU